AUGUUGAAAACCACAAAGACCCACUUCUCAUCCCCACGGGAAGAGUCACCGGCGAUUCCUCCGAUACCCUUGCCACUGCCACUGCUGCGUGUCCAAGGCCUAAUACCCGGUUCCUACGAGUUGACAGGACAGACCCCUUUCCCAACCCCUAGUCACCUUCCCCCGCCCCCCGGGGGAUCUUCCACCGGGACAACUCCACCACCUCUAUACCACACACACCGCCCUUACCAAGCAGCCAGAGGACACGUUCCGCCCCUUUACACCGCCCGCUGCCCCUGUCCCAACAGGGCUAGCGGGGUGCCGGCACGCCCUCUGCUGCUUAUUAUAAUAAUGGCCCUCCGCUUGUCUUCUCCCUCUUCUCCUCCCUCCCCCGACAACCCCCGCUUCACCAUCGCUGCCCAACCUCAUCCAUCAGGUUCUCCAUCUCCACCUCCACCUCUACCUCUCCGUCCCUCCCUUGAUCGAAAGCUCCUUUAUUCUUGA